UGCGCUGCUCCCGAAGUUGCUGGUGAAAGAGACGCACUGUUAGGGUUGGCUCUGGGUGUUUUGCUCUUGUGGUCUUCCUUGUCUUCCGAGUGGAAACGGGGGGAUUCAAAUCCAGCGUGCUGCGCCUUAGCAAAUGGGAAGGCAAAGGCUGGGCAGGCAGUGACCUUGGCUGGAGCAGAGGGAAUCACUCUUUGUAGAAGAGUGAAAUGCGGUGGGGAGUGGGGAACUUGCCUCACGGACUGCUGGAGAGCAGCAGCCUUCCCGAGACUGAAGCUAGGGGCUUAACUGGGACUGGAUUCACCUCUAACGGGGCAGGGAAGUGCAAGGUGCUUAUAAGGAUCUCCAGAAGCUAUUUUUUCUGUUUUCUUCUGGGUAUUUUUUGUUUAGCUUUACGUGUUCAAGUUUGUAAUUGUCUCAGAAAAUUUAUUCACAGGCUAAUUUUAUUCCAGCAUGCUGGAAAAGUCGCAUAUCACCCCUGACACAUUCAGCUAUUCAGCUCUUACACGUUCUUCCCUGUAGUAGACUCAGCCCAGUAGGUGCUUCCUUUUCAGUGAGCAAGGGGAUGAGGGAGUGUGCCUCUGUCAUUAUCAGUGGCGAGCCUUGCAGCCUGGGGUUUCGGAAUAGCUCAGCACCAUCUGCGUGUAGCUAAAUGCCUCUUCCUGGGUGUCACCGCACGGUCCAGGCUGCUCGUGUGAGUUCUGCGUGCCAUGGGGGCACAUGCAGGGUGAUCUUGAGUUCUUCUGAACUUGCUAGUGCUCAGCCUCCUGAUGCCUCCAUCUCCUUUAGACGACAGGGUAGUAGUGGCACUUUCGAGGCCAGUGAGACCUCAGGAUCUCAACCUGUGUUUAGACUCUAGCUUCCUUGAAUCUGCCUCUUCUGCUGGUGAGAGCCACCCCAGUCUGCUCGGCGCAGCUGUCGUGUCCCUAAAGACUGCUAAUCUCACGUAUAUGCCCUCAUCCAACGGCUCUGCACGCUCCCUGAGUUGUGGAUGCAGCAGUGCCAGUUGCUGCACUGUGGCAACGUACGACAAGGACACUCAGGCCCAAACUCAAGCGAGCACCAGCAGCACCCACGCCGGAGCCUCCCCCGCCUGCCCUGCCAACCAAAUGGUCAACAGCAAUGAGAACGCCGGCAGCCUGAGCCCGCUGGGCGGAGUGGGGAGCCCUGUCUCGGGCAGCGCCAAGCAGCUGGCCAGCAUCAAAAUCAUCUACCCCAAUGAUCUGGCCAAGAAGAUGACCAAAUGCAGCAAGAGCCACCAACAGAGCCAAGGGCCUGUCAUCAUUGACUGCAGGCCCUUCAUGGAGUAUAAUAAGAGCCACAUUCAAGGGGCUGUCCACAUUAACUGUUCUGACAAGAUCAGCCGGAGAAGGCUCCAGCAGGGCAAGAUCACCGUCUUGGACUUGAUCUCCUGCCGGGAAGGCAAGGACUCCUUCAAGAGAAUCUUUUCCAAAGAAAUCGUGGUUUAUGAUGAGAAUACCAAUGAGCCAAGCAGAGUGAUGCCUUCCCAGCCACUCCACAUAGUGCUAGAGUCACUCAAGAGAGAAGGCAAGGAGCCCCUGGUCCUAAAAGGAGGACUCAGCGGUUUCAAGCAGAACCACGAAAACCUCUGCGACAACUCCCUCCAGCUGCAGGAGUGCCCCGAGGGGGGAGGAGGGGGCGGCGCCUCGGCCGUGCCCCCCGUGCUACCUCAGUCCAUCCCCACCACGCCGGACAUCGAGAACGCUGAGCUCACCCCCAUCCUGCCCUUCCUCUUCCUCGGCAACGAGCACGAUGCUCAGGACUUGGAGAAGAUGCAGAGGAUGAACAUCGGCUACGUCAUCAACGUGACCACCCACCUGCCCCUGUACCAUUACGAGAAAGGCAUGUUCAACUACAAGCGGCUCCCCGCCACUGACAGCAACAAGCAGAAUCUCAGGCAGUAUUUUGAAGAGGCUUUUGAGUUCAUUGAGGAAGCUCAUCAGUGUGGAAAAGGUCUCCUCAUCCACUGCCAGGCCGGUGUCUCCCGCUCUGCCACCAUCGUUAUCGCGUACUUAAUGAAGCACACACGCAUGACCAUGACGGAUGCCUAUAAAUUUGUCAAAGGCAAACGACCAAUCAUUUCCCCCAACCUUAACUUUAUGGGGCAGUUACUGGAGUUCGAGGAAGACCUGAACAAUGGAGUCACCCCACGAAUCCUCACACCAAAGCUGAUCGGCGUCGAGACUGUCGUGUGACGGCCGAGCUGCCAGGGGGCCGAGCCUGUUCUUCACCUGGUUUUUGGGGCAGUGAUGGGUGGGCUGUGGGGUUUUCUUUUUAGCUUUCAAAGGGGAGUUUUGUGGCAAACUUUUUGUGAAUAAAAACCUUUUUUUGUAAGGAAAGGUUUUUAAAAGAUCCAAGAACUUUGCUGGGUUUGGGAUGCUGUUGUGAUUUCCUUCUCAGAUACCGGCAGAGCAGGGAGGCUUCAGAGAAAAAGGAGUACUUUUUAAAAUAAAAACAAGAAGAAGAAGAAGAAGAAGAAAUGUUGGGCUUUUUUUUCUUUUAAUUUUUAGUUUUCCCUCCUCUCUGGCUACUUGUAGAGUUUAUGGCUAAGUAGUCUGUGCAGGUUCAUAGACUGAAGAAACCUAAGUUGAAGACGAAAAACAAAUAGCCAAAACAAAGCAGCAGAAAAAAACCCUCCCUGAAACAGAAGGGCCUUCGUUCUGCAAAGGCUUUGCUAAAGAUAACCUAGCAAAAUGCUCACCAAUGCAAAGGAAAUCAGAGCAGCUUAAAAGUCUGCAAGGUACUUUUCACACUCCUGACUCAAACUAAAGAAGAAAACAAAGUUUAUUUGGCGUGUUUCAUGUUCCAGUUCUAUUUUUCUAUUUUGGGGUGUAAGGUUUUAACAGUAAGGGACUUCGAUCAUUCUAUGCCAUAUGCCUUCACUGGCUUCUUGUGCAAUAAUAAUUUGGAGUUUGUUUUGAGUGCUCAAACCAAUUAAGAGUUGGCUGCCCACUAAUAAUAAGAUAAUAAUUUUUAAAGUCUAAUAGUGCAACAGCAGCCAGCUUGGUUCAGGAAGGAUAAAUGAGAGCAAUUAUUUUGUUCCUUUAUAUGAUUUUGAUCCUGGUUACAGUGCCAUAAACCUUGUUACAUAUGUAUAUCAGAAUGUACAAAAAUCUAGAACAAGCAAAGUUUAUUUAAAAAUAUUUUUCGCACAAAAUAUUGGUGUGUUUCAGUUGUCUAUGUAAAAGAAAUUUGAUUAUAAAACAAAAAAAUCUUUUGGAAAGUGUGUGUCCUUUUAUUUCUUUAGCCAUUUUCCAUUUUCUUUCUGUGGGAUGGGGUUUUUGUUUCGUUCCCUUUGGUUUGUUUUUUUGUGGCAUUGUACCUCUCCCAUUGACAAAAUUGAUGUCUCUUGUUUGGCAUCUCCCCUUCAGUGUUGUGUUCCUGUCCUCUGCUGGUGGAACAUGUUUUCUUUACUUUCUGCUGCACUCUUGCAUCUCUCUGUAACCAGGUUUUUCUCUCUGGUUCGACUGAAUUAGCACUAUUGGUGAGGGCUUUUUGGAACAGACCUGUUAUUUCUACAGCUCAGUAGCCACUUGGAAAAAUAAGAAAUAAACUAUCUCCACUGAUUCCUUUCUAUCUUCCUGUAGUUAACUUAUCUUCUAUGUUACAAAAUUGUCUGGUUUUUAGACAUAUGUUGGUCACAUGUGCUUUUCCCUGGCCUCUCUAUAGCCCCCUUGUUUAGCAGUUCCACAAUUCCUGGGAAUCAUCCUCUUGGGAUUCUUCCCCUCCCUCCUGCCCUUCUUCCCUUCGUGCCCCUCCUUUUCCAGCUGUGUCAGUGUUGUGUGGUGUGUAUUGUAGGGCUGAUGUUUCUGCCUGACACUGUCCCUUGGGCAGCUGACUUUCACUUUCCUUGUUUGUAUUCACUUUUUUUUAAUGAUAUGGUAUAACCUGAUCUGUUCUGGACUGUUACCACCUCCAAAGUUUUAUUUGUAUGAGCCUAAAAUGAGUUAGAAAACAUUUCUCAUACGAUUCUGUUGUGCAAACUGAUCUGUCCCAGGAAGGUUGAUAGCAGUGAAGGCUUUUCCUAGGUGAAAACCUACAUGGACUGAACCAAGUGUAAAACAGGACCUGUUGGAAAAAUUAAUGUAUAAUCACAUUAGACAUGUAUAUUUUUGUGGACAUUUUACUUAAAAUGUUGUUACUAUACAGAUAUUUUCUUGAAACUUAUCCCUUUAUUAAAUUAUUUUUCUACUGGA